AUCUGUCUCCGCUAAAACGUGCGCCUCCACCGCUCGCUGCGAUAUUGAAACCAAAGGUCGGAACUCUCUCUAUCGAACACAGAGAACAUGGCGAAUUACAUGAAGGAAUGAUAAAGGAUCCCAUCAAGCAUUUGGAAGCUGACCCAGUUAAUGCAAAUAAUAGAAAGCGAUCUUUACACUAAAGUUAAAAAGUCUUCAGGAAUAUUAACUCUUCUUCAAUCGCAAGGAAUGAACUGCAAGAUACUAUCUUAGAAGUGGAUUCAACAUUGUGCCCUCUCUUUGCUAGAAUUUUAAACAAACGGGCAUGGAGACAACCCAAAAUACUGUGGAACUGAAUCUGGUGAAUAGAAAAAAAAGGAGAAGGGGAAGUCGGAAGAAGAAGUCUAAUGCACAGCAAAAUAGUGGACAAGUUCAAGAGCAGCCGGAGGAAGGCUGCCUGACCGGCACCAAUGAUAUGAAUAUCACUCCAACACCAAUUCUAUCAAAUGAAAGAAACAGUGGAGAAAAAGUUCUUUCAUUGGCUACUGAUGAAACUAAUUCUUUUUCACUGACCAAUGCUUUGCCACAUCUAUCACAUGACAAUUGUAAGGUCCUCAUAAAUGCAAAUUCUUUUUCAAUGACCAAGAGUGAAGUGCAAGAUACCGUCUUAGGAGUGGAUUCAACAAUAUGCCCUUCUUUUCCUAGGAUUGAACAGAAUGGCAUGGAAACAAGCCAAAAUCUUGUGGAAGUGAAUCUGGUGACGAGGAAGAAAAGGAGAAGGGGCAAUCGGAAGAAGAAGACCAAGACACCGCAAAAUAGUGGACAAGCUCAAGAGCUGCCAGAGCAAGGCUGCCUGACUAGCACCAAUGAUAUGAAUAUCAUGCCAACACCAAUUCUAUCAAAUGAAAGAAACAGUGAAGAAAAAGUUGUUUUGUUGGGUACUGAUGAAAUUAAUUCUUUUUCUGUGACUAAUUCUUCACAAAGUCUGUCACUUGACACAUAUAAGGUCUUUACCAAUGCUAGUUCUUCUUCAAUGGCCAGGAGUGAAGAGCAAGGUACUAUCUUAGGUGUAGAUUUACCAUUGUGCCUUCCCUUUGCUAGAUCUGAACAGACGGGCAUGGAAACAAUCCAAAAUCCUGUAGUAGUGAAUCGGGUGAGUCAAAAGAAAUCUAGAAAACGUCAGAAAAAGAAGACUAAGGCACUGCAUAAUAAUGAACAAGCUGAAAAGCUGCCAGAGGAUGGUCGUGUAACUAGCACCAAUCAUAUGAAUAUUAUGUCAAUGCCACUUCUAUCAGAUGAAAGAAAUACUGAAGAAAAAGUUACUUUUUGGGGUACUGGUGAAAACUCUUUUUCAGUGAACAAUUCUUCAUUAUGUCUAUCACAUGAAAGUUCUAAGGUUGUCAGUAAUACUGAUUCUAUUCCAAUGACCAAGAGUGAGAUGCAACAUACUAACUUAGGAGUAGAUUCAACAAUGUGCCCUCCCUUUGCUACAAUUGAACAGAUGGGCAUGGAAACAGCCAAAAAUCCUGUGGAAGUGAAUAUGGUGAUGAAAAAGAAAACAAGGAGGAGAAGUCGAAAGAAGAAGUCUAAUACUGUCGUCAAUAUUCAUCAGGUGCCCGAGGAAGGUUCCCUGACUGGCGCUGAUUGUGUGAAUACUAUGUCAACCCCUUGUCUAUUGAAUGUAAAAAAUAGUAAAGACAAAGUUGUUUUAUCAGGUGCUGCUGAAAGUAAACAAGUCUGUCUUGCUGUUGCCAAUGAAGAGGAUAACACCUCAAAGGUUUCUCAUAUUUCUCUUGUAAGAGCACAUGUUGGUCAUUCGAAGAAAAAACUUCUUAUUCUUGACAUAAAUGGGCUGCUUGCGGAUAUAAUUCGUCCACCUCCGAAGAAAUACAAAUCAGACAUAAACAUUGCAGGACGUGCAAUUUUCAAGAGGCCCUUCUGCCUUGAUUUCCUGAAGUUCUGCUUUGAGAGAUUUGAAGUGGGUGUGUGGUCGUCAAGAUCCAAGAAAAUUUUGGAAAGAGUGAUUGACUAUUUGAUGGGAGAUAUGAAGCACAAGCUGCUACUUUGUUGGGAUCUAUCUCACUGCACCGCUACAAAGUGCAAGACUCUUGAAGACAAGCAUAAGCCCAUAGUUUUUAAGGAAUUGAGGAAAAUUUGGGAAAAACAUGACCCUAGUCUUCCGUGGGAGAAGGGAUGCUACAAUGAGUCAAAUACAUUGUUGUUGGAUGAUUCCCCAUACAAAGCCUUGCUUAAUCCUCUGCACACUGCAAUCUUCCCUUAUUCGUACAAGUUUCUGAAAAAGCGCGAUAAUUCAUUAGGUUCUUGUGGUGAUCUUCGUGUAUAUCUGGAGGGAUUUGCUGUGGCUGAAAAUACACAGAUGUAUGUAAAGCGAAACCCGUUUGGUCAAAGACAUAUCACUAAGAGAAGUAAAUCUUGGGACUUUUACCAGAAGGCUAUCAGUUCGUUGAAAUCCUCACAGACCACAGGAUAAUCUCUCUCCGUUUUGCUUUGGGCAUGCAUUGUUAUUUGUAUCACAUGGACCAUGCUUUGUUAUUUUGUGGAGCAUGCUUCCAUCACUUCAUUGAAUCAUUAGAGCUGGUGAUCUAUCAAAUGAGCCAUCUCUUUUGAGUGUAUUGAUAUUUUAUUGCAUUGAAUGCUUCAAUUUUUUCACAUGCUAGCUAGUAGAACCAUUAUUGAAUUGCCUCUAGAUGGAGAUGCACCCAUUUCGAGAACUCUAAUCAUCACCAUUAUGCUUUUGCUUGGAGAAUCAAAAGGAGACAUUCAUGUUCGGAUGACUAAUGUUCCAAUAUCAGCUGUGCUGGAAGGUUCAUUUAAGCUUGCAAUUGCAAUUACUGACUAUAACUUUGUUGCUGGUGGUUUUUAUGACAUAUUUGUAAGGAGAACCAGGAAAAGGACGUACAGUGGAAAGGACCCUCUUGUAAUAGCUCUUCUUUCUUUCUCAUCCAUAAAAAGAAAAAAGAAAAAGGGAGAACCAGGAAAAGAAGCUUGCCAAUUAUUGGUGAUCUUAGCCGCUCAAGUGCUCAUUAUAGGUUUAUGUGUUGGUCAGAUGAUGGCUUGAAUUUGGGAUUUUUCCCGUAUAAAGAUGAACGGAAUGUU